AAGAAAUUCUCUAAUAUGAAUUAAGAGUAAUAAAGUGAAAAUUUGAAAGCACCCUUGUUAAAUGAGAAGGGUGGAGAAAUGGUCAGAGUAGAGAAGUAAUCAAGACGAAACAGGGCGGGAAUAAUAUCAAAGUUAUUCUUCGCAUGGGUAUAUGGUACGAUAGAUGUAAAAUUGAAUAUAAAAUUAGAUUGCAUCAAGAGUGACAUUAGAGAAUGACAUGAUAGAGGAUCUUAGAUUUUAAGAUACAAGUGAACAAUUGUAUUAUAGAUUCUUGAAGGAAUUUGAAAAAAGGAAAAACGAGAAAAAUGGAUUGAUUUGGUCUUUGAUUGGUGUGUCAUUGGGAUAGUGUAUCUUUGUAUUUAUAGUAAUGUUGUUUAAUGUUGGGACUUCAUUAUUGAAUCCAUUAUUAAUAAAAUGGACUAUAUAAUACUUGAUGAAAGAAGAUAAAGAAACUUAGGAAGGAUUAAUUCUGAUUUUUAGCAUAAUUGGAGUUAGAAUAAUAUCAGUGAUUUGUUAAUAACAUUCAUUUUAUUAGAUAGUAUUAAUAUAAAUAAUAUAUAAUAGAGAUUAGUAGGAUAUGAUUGGAUGGGUAUCUUAUCAAUGGCAUUAUUGGGCAAGAGUAUGAAUGUUUCAUAUUAGAGUAAUAAAGAACAUACAAGUGGAUAAGUCUUAAACUAUAUGUAAGUAGAUGCUAUGAAGUUAUAAUGGUUUGGUUGGUAUAUGUCAUAAAUUAUGUUGAUGCCUUUAUAAAUUGGCAUUUCAAUAUAUAUGAUGUUUGCAUUUAUAGGUGUUGCAUUUCUAGGAGGACUAGGUGUAAUCCUAUUAACUGCUAUCUUUAACAUCUUUGUAGGUAAGAAGAUGAUGGAAUAUCAGAUUAAGAUGAUGAAAGACAAAGACAAGAGAACUAAUUGUGCUAAUGAAAUCUUUCAACAAAUCAAAUUUAUAAAAGUAAAUGCUUAUGAAGAAUAUUUCAGAUCUAAACUUAAUUCAUUUAGAAAUCAAGAAAUUAAAACUUUAAAAACUAGAUUCUUUGCAUCUUGUUUGAACAUCUUAUCUGUUUGGUUGAGUCCUAUGUUAAUUUUAAAUGCUACUUUUGUCAUCUAUGUAGCCAUUGGAAAUGAUCUUACUCCUGCUAAUACUUUUGCUAUUAUUAGUUUAUUUCAAAGUCUCUAAGGUCCACUUCUAUUCUUGCCUAUGGCUUUAAAUGCUUUAAUAGAAGCUAAUAUCUCAUUUAAAAGAGUACAAGGAUUUCUAUUGACUAAUGAAUUAAUGAAUGAUUGCAUUACUAAUUCCAGUUAAUCUCAAUUAGAUUAAAUGUACUAAAAAACAUUAACAGUUAAUGAAUCCAGAUCUUAAAUCUAAUCCUAAGUCAUGAGAACUGAAAUUGAUGAUAAUGUUGCCAUCAGAAUAGACCAAGGAACUUUUUACUGGUCAAAAUAUAAGGAGUAACCCUAAGAAUCUCCUUAAGUUCCAAAGUCUAAAACCACUCCUAAGGCUUAAAAGGUAGAACCAGUACCAUAAGUGGAAUCAGAAUCUAUUUUAAAGAAUGUUAAUCUAAGAAUAGAAAAAGGAUAAUUUGUAGCAAUAGUUGGAGAUGUGGGAUCUGGUAAAUCAUCCUUAAUCUAAGCUUUGUUGGGUGAAAUGAUUUACAAAGAAGAUAAGCCAAAAAUACAAAUAAAUGGUUCUUUUGCAUAUGUUAGUUAGAAGGCUUGGAUUUAGAAUGCUACAGUGAAAGAUAAUAUUCUUUUUGGAUUGCCUUUUGAUUAAACAAAAUAUGAUGAAGCCAUAAAAUUCUCGUGUUUAAAAGAUGAUAUAAAGAUCCUUGUGAAAGGUGAUCAAACGAUGAUUGGAGAAAAAGGAGUUAAUUUAUCAGGAGGAUAAAAAGCUAGAGUAUCUUUAGCUAGAGCAAUAUAUAGCAAUUGUGAUAUUUAUUUAUUAGAUGAUCCAAUCAGUGCAGUUGAUGUUCAUGUUGGGAAAUUUAUUAUUUAUGAAUGUUUGAAUGGUUAUUUAAAAGAAAAGACUCGAAUUUUGAUAACUCAUGCUCUUAAUUAUUGUUAAUAUACUGACUAUGUUUAUUUAAUGGAUAAUGGUAUGAUCGCUGAACAAGGUUCAUUUAGUGAAAUAAAAUAGAAUGAAUAAUUUAAGAAGGUUUAUUAGAAAUUUUAUAAGGAUGCUAAAAACGAUGAAGAAUUUUAAGAACAAAAGGAUGUAAAUGAGUAAACUCCUGCUUUAGAAUUGAAAUUGGAGAAAAAAUAAUCAUCUCAGAAAGAAACUCCAAUAAGUAAUUCAAAUAAGGAUGAAGUUGAUGAAUUAAUGUUAUUAGAGGAUAGAAAUAAAGGCUCUAUAUCCUUUGAAAUCUUAGCUACAUAUAUCAGAUUGACAGGAGGUGUACUUUUUGCUGUAUUCUUGAUUUUUAUGAUGCUCUUAUGGGAUGGAUGUUAUGUAGGUUCAUCAUUAUGGAUGGCACAUUGGACUUAAUAAGCAAGUGAAGAUUUAGCAAAUGGAGUAGAAACAGAGAACUAUUUCUAUUUGACAAUUUAUUCAAUUCUCUCUUUAAGUUAUGGAAUUUUAGCAUUCCUAAGAUCAUGGGCAUUUGUAAUAGUAAGUUGCAAUUAGGCUAAUAAUAUGCAUAAUAAAAUGGUUAGCUGUUUAAUGUAUGCACCAUAAUGUUAAUUCUUUGAAAGAGUUCCUUUAGGUAGAAUUAUGAACAGAUUAACAAAGGAUUAAAAUGUUCUUGAUUCAGAACUUCAUUGGACAUUUAAUUGGAUGUUGGUAUAGGUAUUUUUAUUAUUGGCUAAUACAUUCUUAAAUAUAUAUACAAGUUCUGCUUGGGUGGCAAUUCCUAUGGUUCUUUAUUUCUUUUUAUGUUGGAAAGUAUAAAGAAUAUAUAUGGCAGCCAGUAGAGAACUCUUUAGAUUAGAGGCGAUAAGUAAGAGUCCCAUUUUGAGUUAUUUCUCAGAAUCUAUCAUGGGAAUAACUACAAUAAGAGCUUUUUAAAGAUAAUCUUAAAUUAUGAAUAAACAUGGCAAUAAUCAGGAUCUAAAUCGUAAAAUUUUCUUAGAAUAAAUUGCUGCAAAUGCAUGGUUUGGAUUAGUUCUUGGUUUAUCAAGUUUUAUGGUAAAUACAACAGCAAUAGUCUUUUGUAUGUUUUAUAGUACAAAAAACCCUGCAUAUGCUGGUUUAUUGAUGACUUAUGCAUCCACUUUAGAUUAAAAUAUAAAUGGAACUGUUUAGUGUUUAGGACAUGUUGAGAAUGGAUUGAUUUCAUUUGAAAGAUGUGUUGCAUAUACAAAGUAUGAUAAUCAAUAUAUAAUAUCUAGGGUUAAACCAGAAAAAGGUUAUGAAGCAGCAGUUAAGAGAUAUCAAAACAAUUAGACUUAUGCAGAUUAAUACAUACCAUAAUGGCCAAAGAAUGGAAUAAUAGAAUAUAAGAAUUUUUCAGUAUAAUAUAGAGAAGGUUUACCUUUAGCUUUAAAAAAUAUGAGUAUUGUAAUAAAUCCAAGAGAAAAAGUUGGUAUUGUAGGUAGAACAGGAGCUGGAAAAUCAACAAUAACAUUAACUAUUUUAAGAAUCUUAGAAGCAAUGAAUGGUUAAUUAUUAAUUGAUGGUCAUGAUAUAUCUACAAUUUCAUUAAGAUAACUUAGAGAAUCAAUUACUAUGAUAAUGCAAGAUCCUACUUUAUUUAGCGGUACUAUUAGAGAAAAUAUCGAUCCUUUAAAUCAAAGAACAGAUGAAGAAGUCAAAUAAGCAAUUAAUAAAUGUUGUUUGACAGAAUUAAUUGAAUCAAGAAAAGGAUUAGAAACUCAUAUUAAUGAUCAUGGUGAUAAUCUAAGUGCUGGUGAAAAAUAACUUGUUUGUAUUGCAAGAGCUGUACUUAAAAAAAGUCCUAUUGUCUUAAUUGAUGAAGCAACUGCCAAUAUAGAUAUUGAUACUGAACACAAAAUUUAAGAUACCAUUCAAAAUGCCUUUUCUGAUUGUACUGUCAUUACAAUUGCUCAUAGAAUCAACACCAUUCUUCAUUGUGACAAGUAUUUAUCUAUUCUAUUUUCAUUAGAAUUCUAGUUCUAGAUAAAGGAGAAGUCAAAGAAUUUGGACCCACUAAAGAGUUACUAAACCAAACCAACUCAUUAUUCUAUGGAAUUUAUUAAGAAGCUUUAAAAGAACAAAAUCAUUGAUUUUGCAUAUUUUAUAAUCUGUAC